UCGAAUUUAAAAAAAAUGAGUGUCUGUGAUUGGUUCAAAAUUUUGAAAUUUGAUAUGUGACAUAUGGAAAACAUCAAUCAGAGCUGUCAGGAUGACAUUUGAAUAAGCAGGAAGGGGGAUAUAUUGUUUCGUCAAGAUUGGUUAAGAUCGUUAAGAUGUAAACAGAAUCAUGAGAAGAACGAGAAAAUGCGAGGUCGAAAUAAAAUUGAGGCAAGAUUUCGAUAAUCUUAAUAAAGUGUUGACGAAAAAUGGGGUGACUGUGAAUAAGUUGAAGAGUUCUACUCAACAAAUCAGGAAGAAGGAUUCCCAAUGGAGUUUCCUUUACAUUGGCGCGUCCGUAAUUUUACUAUUUACUGCACUGUGUGCUUGUAAUAUUUUUGAUAAUCUUAUAAUCUCUCUAAUUGGAAUAAGAUGUUUGAUUCCCAACAACUAUUUUGUGUGGGAAGCAACCAGACCUAUCUCUGAUUGUGGUUUUUGCCUUAAUGUAACAGCACCAAUAAUUUUACACAAUGCAAGCCGUGAAGAAUUUGCUCCAUAUGCAUACACAUCAAAGCCUAUCAUAAUCAGAAAGGCUUUUCUGCAUUGGCCGGCUUAUGAACUAUUUAAUUUUUAUUUCUUUAAAGAGCUGUAUGAAAGUAUUGAUGACUCCAUUCAAAGUGUUGAUGAAGAAUGUCAAUUCUUACAUUUCAAAUCUAAUUUUAUUUCACUCAAAGAUGUGUUUGAUAUGACCAAAGAUAGAAUUAACAAUAAACCUGGACAAAACUCCUGGUAUGUUGGCUGGGGUAAUUGUCAUUCACAAGUUUUAAAAGAAAUGCGAAAGCACUAUCCAAAACCUCAUUUUCUACCUGAUGACUGUGAAAUACCUUCCAAAGAAUAUGUGUUCAUGGGAUAUGAUGCUGGAGCAACAAUGCAUCUUGAUUUUAUUAACCGUUUAAUGUGGCAAGCUCAAUUGAAAGGCUCAAAGACUUGGAAUUUAUUGCCAUCCAAUGAGUGUGAGCAAUUCUGUUCACCAGUUACCUUCAAAGUUUAUCCAGGAGAUGCUGUUCUAGUAGAUACAAGAGUUUGGUACCAUGGAACUACAAUCACUCCUGGAGAAUUCAGUUUGUCCAUCCAAUCAGAAUAUGGAUAAACUUCUUAUAAGAUGCUUGAAGCAAGCGUCUGACACAAUUUUAAACAAGCGCACAUUAUAUUGUGCCAUUUUUUAACGAAACCAAAUUUCUGCCAAAUAUUUUUUUAAAUGAACAUUGUAGUCUUAGUUAUUUAUAAAGAUAAGUUACCAAAAUUAUUAUCUUGCCAAA